AUGGUCCAAGAUCUGCGUGAAUGGAUCCAGGCACAGACCAGCUCCAAUGUGACUCCAAAUUUUUUGCAAACCAUAAAAAAUCUGGGCAGAAUUCACGCGGCCGAUCGUGAGAAAUUCAUUAAAGCAUGUAAAGCACUAGGGAAGUUCAAUGGUCAUGAGGAAUUCCUAGAACGUUUGCAUGGAGAGCUCAACACAGUUUCUGAACAACAAGAGGACCACGGGUUGCAAAUUAAUGAACCUGAAGAGACUUUUCUAGCCCCAAAACGUGUUGUACUCGAUAAGAAAGUGACAUCGCAGCGUAUUCUGAAGCAAAUUGAGCUUGGUCUACAAGACGAAGCAGAGGAUGAAAACGUUGCGAGACUCCGAGAUAUGGAGUCUGGAUAUAAGAAGCUAUCGAAACCGUCUUUGUUCAAAAGAUUGUCCAAAAACAAGGCCAAACAUUUGAAGGAAUAUGCUAAUACGUCAGGCAUUGAGCCAUCCAAGACCCGUAUUCUUCAGGAGGUAGGAAAGCCAGGAAUACCGACGGAUGACAACCAGGACACAAAUAUUCGACAAGCCGCUGAAUAUCUGUCUAUUCCGGCUUUUUCCACUCGUGCCGUUUCGAGUGUAGACUCGAAUAACGCUGAAGACACUUACGAAAGUGGCAACGACUUGCCUUCAGACGAAAGUGCAGUUGAGGAAGACCGGGAGUGGUACGACCAUGAAGAUGACUACAGUAAUGCCAUUGAUGAUUCUGUGGUUAGUACUUUAAAUUUCAGACGACGAGGAAGCUCCAACCGGAGGAACCAAGAAUCAAAUUUUAAUGAUUUGAAAUCCGAGCUUCAUUUAACACCCAUUUCACCUGCCCAACGUGCAAAACUUGUUCCCCCGUUUUUGACCAGUUUCAGAAAUUCCGACGGAGAAUCGGUAUUUCUGCACUUUUUAGAUGCCUCUUCCAAAUUCACAAGUAAUGUCGAUCCAUUCCGGAAUCCAGACAGCGAAUUUUCACUCAAUGCGAAAAGAGGCAGUCGAUUGGUGAAUGAGAACAGGCACAUGGAGGCUAGAAAGUCUAAAGCAGCAGAAAUCGCUGAUAACUCCGAGACUGCCAUUGCAGCUGUUGUGGGACAACCCAAUGGGGUUGAGCAAGUUGCGAGCGGCAGGAUAGGGGACAGUGCAAAUAGCGCCCCUCGAGAACCUCCACCAAGCUUUGAACAAAUUCAAGAAUCGAGGAGGGGACUCCCCGCCUACCAAGUGAAAUCUGAGCUUCUCCAAAUCGUGAGAGAUAAUCAAGUAAUAGUUAUCAUUGGUGAAACAGGUUCCGGUAAAACUACCCAAGUGCCCCAAUUUUUAUUCGAAAACGGGUUUUGCAAGGAUGGCAAAAUGAUUGGCUGCACGCAACCACGACGUGUGGCGGCAAUGUCGGUGGCUACUCGUGUGGCUCAAGAGAUGAAUGUUGAGUUGGGAGAAAAAGUUGGAUACUCGAUUCGUUUUGAAGACAGAACUUCUCGUGGAACCAGAGUCAAAUUUAUGACUGAUGGGUUGUUGUUAAGGGAAACUCUUGUAGAUCCGUUGCUGGACAAGUACAGUUGUAUCAUUAUGGAUGAAGCGCAUGAACGGACAUUAAGCACUGACAUUCUUUUCGGCAUUUUCAAGGACCUUUUGUCAAGAAGGCGAGAUCUUAAGCUUAUCAUAACAUCGGCAACCAUGGACGCUAAUCGCUUUUCGAAUUUUUUUGGAGCCGCUCCGCAAUUUACAAUUCCAGGGCGCACUUUCCCUGUUGAAGUUGUCUAUAGCCGCUCUCCAGUCAGCGACUAUGUCGAGUCCGCGAUUACUCAAGCUAGCAAAAUCCAUUUGGCGACUCCAAUCACAAGUGGGGACGUCCUGAUCUUCAUGACGGGUAAGGAAGAUAUCGAAGCCACCUGUAGCGGAUUGAGAAGCAGGCUUUCCGAAGUUCAACUAAGGAGAACGAAAGAAAAUAUGAAUGAUCACGCUGAAAGUAUUGAGAUCCUUCCAAUCUACUCAGCUUUACCGGCCGACAUUCAAGGAAAGAUCUUUCAUAAGACUUUAGGGAAGAGGAAAGUCGUUGUUGCGACAAAUAUAGCUGAAACAUCAUUGACGGUGGACGGCAUACGAUACGUUAUAGAUUGUGGGUAUUCCAAACUUAAGGUUUACAGUCCACAAAUUGGCCUUGAUAGUCUGAGAAUGGCGCCCAUUUCUCUUGCCAGUGCUAAUCAGCGCUCGGGUCGGGCAGGUCGUACUGGACCAGGAAUUGCCUAUAGGUUGUACACUGAGGACACAGCCUACGACGAUAUGUAUACCCAGGCCAUUCCAGAAAUUCAAAGAACCAACCUUUCUAACACUCUUUUGUUGCUAAAAUCACUUGGCGUACGAGAUCCUCUCAAAUUUCCGUUCAUUGACCCGCCCAAUGAAGUAACGGCGUUAUUUUCUUUAUUUGAAUUGUGGGCUAUGGGGGCUCUUGAUAACCUUGGAAACCUGACCCAAUUGGGGACCGAAAUGGCCAAUUUUCCUCUCCAACCCGCUUUGUCAAAAAUGCUUUUGAUAGCUUCGCAGAACAAAUGUAGCGAAGAAGUGCUCACUAUAGUCUCCAUGUUAUCAGUACCACAAGUUUUCCAUCGUCCCAAAGCAAGAGAAGAGGAGUCCGAUCAGGCGCGGUCGCGAUUUUUCGUUCCCGAAUCCGAUCAUCUUACGCUUCUGAACGUUUAUUCUCAGUGGAAAGCAAACCAAUAUUCGGCCAAAUGGUGUAAACGACAUUUUUUGCAGUUCAAAUCAUUACAAAGAGCGAGGGAUAUCAGAAUGCAGCUUUGUAGAUCAAUGGAAAGACAAGGUCUCUACGUCGAAUCUUCUGGCACUGAUUGGUCUAUCGUCAGAAAAUGCAUAUGCUCAGCGUAUGCGCAACAAGCCGCGAAGAUUGCUGGUCUCAGCAAAUACGUGCAUUUGAAGAACGGACUUGAACUUCGACUGCACCCCACUAGUGCCCUUCAUGGAGCCGGAGAUCUUCCUCCUUAUAUCGUUUAUCAUGAACUGCUUUUGACUACAAAAGAAUACGUGAAUAUCGUUACUGCAGUAGAUCCAUUGUGGCUCAUGGAAUAUGAACCGCUGUUUUACAACUUUACCAGAAGGUCUGAAAAUGAUGGAGACUUAGAUAUUUCGGAUCAUAAAGGCGACGAACUUGAUCUUUGUCUCAAAAGCUGGGCAAUAAAAAGAGCCAACCUUCUUCAAAAUAUGACCUUGGAUUCCCAGGUUCUGGAUGCCAAGCCGAUUUCGCAAUUACAACAAUCCAAAAGGGCCCAAUCUUCAAAAAAAACUGUAAACGUGGGCUUCAAAAGAAGAAGGCCGCUGUGA